GGGGAGAAGCCUGAUAAUACCCGCAGAAACAGGGCUUGGUUCUGCCAGGCUUCAUCCUCGCAGCUCAGCCUGACUCCGACACAUCGCAGUCAACCAGAACUCCAGCUGAUGUGCACCAGACAGCUGAUGGUGGAGACAACUAGCGCACAUUAGGAACUUCGCCAUUUUUUUAAAAUAAAAGAGACGCAGAGGAGCGCAAGAAGAAAAUGGGGCAUACCGCAAUUCCUGCAUUGGUGGCUGUAUUGUUCUACUGCGUGUGGGAAAACGUCGAGGCUCUCUCCAUGACCGAGGUGAACGGGCCGGGUCCCCAGCUGGCCGAGCCCCAGAUUGCCAUGUUCUGUGGCCGUCAGCUCCUGCACAUGAACAUCCAGACUGGGCAGUGGGAGCCGGACCCUCAGGGCCUCCAGGGCUGCUUCAAGGACCCCAACGAGAUCCUGUCCUACUGUCAGGAGAUGUACCCAGCUCUUUCAAUCUCGCACAUAGAAGAGUCCAAAAGACCCGUCACCAUCCAGUCCUGGUGUAAGAAAGGAUGGGGCCGCUGUGAGACGCACCCCUUCAUCGUCCUGCCCUACCGCUGUCUGGAGGGAGAGUAUGUGAGCGAGGCCCUGCUGGUGCCCGACAGAUGCCGAUUCCUCCAUGAUGCGCAGAUGGACGCUUGUGAGAGUUACGUCUACUGGCAUAACAUUGCAAAGAAGGAAUGCACCGCAGAAAAUCUGGAGCUGCACAGCUACGGGAUGCUGCUGCCAUGUGGGGACCAUUUCAGAGGUGUUGAAUACGUUUGCUGUCCAGGCAGAGGUGGCUCAAACGGUAAAGGAGAGAUGGAGGAGAGAGACAAACCCGACAUGACACAGACGCUCACAUCCCAGACGAGUGGAAAGAUCACCUCAGCCACCAAAGUGAUUGCUCCUACUCCGAGUCCCUCUCCUGACCCAGAUAUGGACGAGGCUGAUGUGGAAGAGGAGGAGGAUGAAGUGAUGGAAGAAGAGGAGGAUGAGGAGGAGGAUGAUGUUGAUGAAGAGGAGGCAGAAGAUGAGGAAGAAGAGGAGGAAGUGGCUGUUAAAGAUCCAGAGGAGUACGAAUACCCUUUUGACUCCGGUCCGUACCAGACAGCGGACCUGGACUCCAUUAACUACGAGAAAAACCACAAACCCACCUCGUCCUCACCUCUCCUCAUGGUAGAGAGCUUGACCACACUUCAGCCCACUGAUGGCGUGGAUGUUUAUUUUGAGAAUCCGGUAGAUGACACAGAACACGCCAACUUCCUUCGCGCCAAAACGGACCUGGAAGAGCGCAGGAUGAAGCGCAUCAAUGAGAUCAUGAAGGAAUGGGCUGAGGCUGACAACCAGUCAAAGGAUCUGCCAAAGUCUGAGCGCCAAGCCCUGAAUGAGCAUUUCCAGUCUGUGCUGCAAACACUGGAGGAGCAGGUCGCCAGGGAAAGGCAGAGGCUUGUGGAGACUCAUCUGGCCAGAGUGGAGGCCAUUCUCAACAACAACCGCCGCCUGGCUCUGGAGAACUACCUGACUGCAGUGCAAUCCGAUCCCCCCCAGCCUGAUCGCGUGCUGCAGGCACUGAAGCGCUACAUGGCUGCUGAGCAGAAGGACCGCAGACACACACUGAGGCACUACCAACACAUCGUGGCGGUCGACCCGCAGAAAGCUGAGCAGAUGAAAUUCCAGGUGUACACACACCUCCAUGUAAUCGAGGAGAGGAUGAACCAAAGUCUGGCUCUGCUGUUCAAAGAUCCCACGUUAGCUGAGGAACUGCACGCUGACAUCCAGGAACUAGUGAAGGCGGAACGAGGGGACAUCAGCGAGCUCAUGACCACCUCCUUCUCUGAAACUCGCACCACCGAGGAGCUGCUGCCAGCUGAGAGCGAGGAAGAGAAGGAUGACGAGGAGGAGGAGGAGAGGGCCUUCCAGAACCGACCAUAUCCUCCACGUAUCGACCUGCAGCCUAAUAAAAAAGAGGAUGAAUAUGAUUAUAACACAUCUGAGAGAAGCCCUACUUAUGAAUAUGAAGAAAAGAUCAACACUUCUGCAGAACUCAAGCAGGCUGUCAAGCCUAAUGAGAUCGCGAGGGAUGAACUUCAACCUGAUGCCUUGGAGACGUUUAAUCGUGGAGCCAUGGUGGGGUUGCUGGUGGUGGCUGUUGCCAUCGCCAUGGUGAUGGUCAUCAGUCUGCUGCUGGUGCGCAGAAAGCCGUAUGGCACCAUCAGCCACGGCAUCGUCGAGCAGGUCGACCCCAUGCUGACACCAGAGGAGAAACAGCUCAACAAAAUGCAAAACCACGGCUAUGAAAACCCCACCUACAAAUUCUUUGAGCAGAUGAACUGAAGCAAAGGGUGCCACCCCCGUUCCCUCCCUCCCUCCCUCACUCUCCUCAACGGUGUGCUCCCAGCUGCACCCCCUUCCAUGUAUUUAAUGAUGUGUUUCAAACCCUAAAUAACUGAUAAAAGUCUGGGGAACCGCCUUCGCCCCAUCAUCACCUUUCAUCAUAAUGUGAAUAAUGAGCUGUAAUAGGAUCCCAUGCUACCUAAUGUAAUCUGGUCGUUUUCAGGUUUAGCGGUGCCACAACCCUUCUGGAAUCAUCCUUCCUGUGGCACGACUCCUGCGCCUCACUAGAACCUGAUUUUAAAUGGUUCAUGAUGCUUUCUACUAUAGGAUUUACUUUUCAGUAGUGAUUUCCUUGUUCAGCUUGCACCAUGGUGACAUAAAUCUGUGUAGAUGGGUGUGAAUGGCAGCUUGUUGCUAAUUUAGGCAAAGUUUGAAUGUAUGAGACAAAUUAUGCUUUGGAUGAUGAAAGAAAGAGAAACAAAAAUCACAAGAAUCGAUACUGAACGCGCCGUUGGUACAAAAAAACGUUUCCAUUCAAAGGAUCUGCCCGAAAUAUUAAUAAAUUAUUAUUAAAUUGGCUAAUUUGUUUUGUUUGCUAGAGAAUAAGGAGGUUAUUUUAGUGAAAGCAUGACCCCGUAGCUUCCAAUGCUGCCGUAUUUUUUAUUUGUGUUGCUCCCGACGUCGUUUCUGAAGAGUCCCUAAUGUCACCGUUUAAAUGGAUACUGUAAAUAAGAAAAUACAUGCGACUAGAUGUAGACAUUUCUAUGAUUAAUUUGCAUUAAUGUAAUGGAUUAAUAUAUUUAAAAUAAUGAUAAUGAUGAUAAUAAUAUUAAUAAUAGUUGUGCUGUUAUGAGAAGGAGAAACCUUUUUCCUAACAUGGCUGAUUGAAAACGGACUGUUGUAAAAACCAGCACAAGACAACGACACAGCAAUUACUUUCUGAAUGUAUUUGAGGUAGACGUUUAGAUUCCAUCCUCUUCCUCUUUUAUUUACCUUUGCUUGGUGAUGCAUCACGCUCCCUUUGGUGACCCGUUACUAGGAGUAGUGAAGCCCGAUGCGUCUGCACGCCCUCGUCAGCAUUUCAGAUGAAUACUCGACCAGGGGAGUAGUUCGACGCGUUAGCCUGCAGAAAGCAGUGGAGUGUGGAGAGGGUUCAGCUUUUUUAGUGUGUGUGUGUGUGUGUGUGAGUGUGUGUGUGUGUGUGUGUGUGUGUGUGUGUGUGUGUGUGUGUGUGUGUGUGUGUGUGUGUGUGUGUGUGUGUGUCAUGACACACCGCGCUCAGCCAUCGUGGUAGUUUUUAACUUGAACCCAUCACUGCUGGAUGAUAAUACUUUCUCUGCAUCUUUCUCGCAUCAAGGAAAGGCUUUUCUCUGAAUGACUCAUCAGUUUUUCGUACGUAUGAAACACACAGCGCUCUGCAUAGGUAAACUGCUCUGUGUGUCCCUUUGAUUUCCUUUAGUCACUCCACCACCGUCGGUCACUCUUGGGUCAUCGGCCAAACACUAGAGACUCCGUUUUAGGUCAUCCGGACAAAAACAUAUCAGCCUUUAUUUGUACAUUUCUGCCUCAGUUCUGGUCAUUUUAUGCUGAGCUUCUUCUUUUCUUAAUUCCUCAACGGAGUUGGGUAAAUUAUUACCUAAAACCUGCUCAGUUUUAUUGUUGGCUUAGAAAAACAUUCAGAUGAAUAAAAUGUCUGCGUUAAAAUUUACCAUUUGUCUCGUCGGGUGGGUCGAUAGCAGGUUGUGGUCGUGUUAUGGCAAACUAGGACAAGUCAUAGCACUUGUAAAUUUGUACAGCUACGUUAGUGAAUGAAAACCUUGUAUGUUCACAGUUCAAGUCAGUCGAUCUUGUAAUGAUACUUCUGAAACAAUAGAUGAGAAUAAGCUUGCCUGUGUUUCCUAAACCACUGACGGUUUCCUACCAGCAGCAUUUAGCAGUCUUAACACGGUGUAUACUCUAGUUACUCAGAUUACAUUUGUACUUAAAACCCUCCAUCAGAUUCUAGACCCUUUGUUCGGUCUGUCCCCCUCCCUCCCUCCUACUUCCUGAUGAAAUGUAAACUGUUAUUGAGGUUUUAAUUGCUGCAUUAUUGCCUUUUACAAUGCUGUGUUUUUGGAUGUAAUUAUUCAGUAUUUUUUAUUUGACAUGUACGUAAUAACCCGUUGGAACAAGGGUCACGUGUUUCACAUGUAAUGAAAAGCAUGUACGCAGAAAAUAAAAGAUCCAAACGGUGAACUACUGACUGAUCCGAGGCCUCUGCCUAAACGACGAGCAGCGGCAUGAAGCACAAGUAAAUUGUCCCAUUUAUGUAAAAGCUGAGAAACAGAAGUUCUAUUUAAUUCCAGGGAUUUUCUUCAUUCUCAUUAAAAUCCUUAACCAAAGACAUCCUCCACUGAUAUUAGUGAGAGAUUCCCAAUAUCUGGCAAAAUGUUUUCAGUGUAAAUGUAUCGUUAGCAAUCUGGCUAAUUAAAACUGGUUACGUUAAUUAACAGUGUAAUAAAAGUGAAUGACCCCUUAGAUAUAA